AUGCCUGUAGGGACUGUCAAUCCGCGCCGUCAUCAGAUUUCACGGAGGAGCGUGCUGGACAUUGCGUUUGUGCUGUGGUGCUACAGGAACCGCUAUCAGUUCUCCAUUUACAGUGUGAAUGGCUAUGGGUGCUACUGUGGGAAAGGGGGUGAUGGGGUGCCACUGGAUGACUUUGACAACUGCUGCUUCAAUCAUGACUGCUGCUAUGAGGAAGCCCUGCAGGCAUCCUGUGCCAAAGGCACCAAUGUCUACUUCAAGCCUAACUACUCCCUGUGCAAAAUGGGCAGGGCAGAGUGCCCCGAUGGCUCAGACCCCUGCUCCAGUGACCUCUGCCUCUGUGACAAGCAGUUUGGGGAGUGCCUGACUAUUGCUACCUAUCGAGAGGAGUACUCCAACUACCAGCAGAAGUUCUGCACUGAGCCCAAGAGGAAAUGCCCGCAAGAGGAGAAGAUUGACAUGGAAGGGGACACCAGAAGAUAG